GCUGGCGAGGAGGAAGAAGCCCGAGUGAGCCCGAGGCUGGCGGGGCCGGAGCUGCCAGGCUGCUGCUGCCGCCGCCGCCGCCAGGGAGAAGUCGCGUCUGCUCAGGGUGACAUCAGUGAUCAUGAAGCCUUGGGUCUCCUCCUUGCUGCUGGCCUGGAUCAGUAUUUUGCACUGCACAUGGGCUGAGUUCUUUACCUCAAUUGGUCAGAUGACAGACUUGAUUUAUGCAGAGAAAGACCUGGUUCAGUCUCUGAAAGAAUAUAUCAGAGCAGAAGAAGCCAGACUCUUCAAGAUUAAAAGCUGGGCUGAAAAAAUGGAUAUUUUGACAAGUAAAUCAACUUCUGAUCCUGAGGGCUACUUGUCUCACCCAGUAAAUGCCUACAAACUAGUGAAGCGUCUAAAUACAGAUUGGCCGGCUUUAGAGAACAUGGUCUUACAGGAUUCAACCACUGAUUUUAUUGCCAAUCUUACCGUGCAGCGCCAGUUCUUCCCCACAGAAGAGGAUGAAACAGGGGCAGCCAAGGCAUUAAUGCGUCUUCAGGAUACAUACAAAUUGGAUCCUGACACUAUUUCCAAGGGGGACCUGCCAGGGACCAAGUACCGUUCUACCCUGAGUGCGGAUGACAGCUUUGGCAUGGGUAAGACAGCCUACAAUGAUGGGGACUACUACCACACUGUUCUGUGGAUGCAGCAGGCGCUGAAGCAGCAUGAUGAUGGUGAGGAUGCUGUGACAUCUAAAGUUGAAAUCUUGGACUACCUCAGCUAUGCCGUCUUUCAGCUUGGGGACAUUCACAGGGCAGUGGAACUCACUCGUCGCUUGAUUUCUCUAGACCCUAGUCAUGAAAGAGCUGGGGGGAAUCUGCGGUACUUUGAGAAGCUGUUAGAGGAAGAAAGGCUUGGAAAGAGGUUAAAUAAGACAUCAGAGACUCAACCAGCAACACAGGGAGGCAUCUAUGAGAGGCCUCCAGACUACCUGCCUGAGAGAGAUGUCUACGAAGCUCUUUGCCGAGGGGAAGGCAUUAAACUGACACCACGGAGACAAAAGAGACUUUUCUGUCGAUACCAUGAUGGCAACAGGACACCCCAGCUGCUGAUUGCACCCUUUAAGGAGGAGGAUGAAUGGGACAGCCCACACAUUGUAAGAUACUAUGAUGUCCUAUCAGAUGAGGAGAUUGAGAGGAUCAAGGAACUUGCCAAGCCUAAACUGGCAAGAGCUACGGUCCGCGACCCAAAGACAGGUGUCCUCACUGUGGCCAACUACAGAGUUUCCAAAAGCUCAUGGCUAGAGGAAGAUGAUGAUCCUGUCAUUGCCCAACUGAACAGAAGAAUGCAUUACAUCACGGGAUUAUCUGUGAAGACAGCUGAGUUGCUACAGGUUGCUAAUUAUGGAAUGGGAGGACAGUACGAGCCACAUUUUGACUUCUCCAGGAAAGGUGAGCAAGAUGCUUUCAAGCAUUUAGGGACGGGGAAUCGUGUGGCCACAUUCUUAAACUACAUGAGUGAUGUUGAAGCUGGUGGGGCCACAGUAUUCCCAGACUUUGGGGCAACAAUUUGGCCCAAAAAGGGCACGUCAGUAUUCUGGUAUAAUCUCUUCCGCAGCGGGGAGGGCGACUACCGGACACGACAUGCGGCCUGCCCAGUGCUUGUUGGCAGUAAAUGGGUUUCCAAUAAGUGGUUCCAUGAGCGGGGGCAGGAGUUCUUGAGACCAUGUGGAUCAACAGAAGUCGACUGAUCUCCCUUCAAGCUCCAGCUACCCCAGUGUUCUUUCAAUGCCUUUCCCUGCCCUUCUAGAUCAGUCUUUUGGCUAGGGCAGCACAGGAUCGUCUCAACCAGUCUCUCAAGAAGUGACCAUUUGUGAGCAAAGUAAAGGUAGACUGGGAAGAGAAGGGGGGGGGGGGUCAUUGUACUCCUUCCCCCUAUACACAAAGUGACCUCCACUGUCUCUCCCUGCUAGCCUCUGGCUGUCCAGUAGUGAUGCAGGAUGUGUGGCUGCCAAGCCAGUCUAUCUGGUUCUGUGACGAUAUUUCCCACAUGGUUUUGAUACUGAAUAUUCCUCAAACCAAAGUUUGAAACAUUAUGUGUUCAUUUAAUUUUAUUGUGUUUCUAUGGCUUGUGGACUUUACCUGGAAAUAAAUAUUUCUAAAUAAA